UCCUCUCUGAUUAUAUAGUUAAAGGUCUGAUCGUGUCCGCUGUGGUCCGCUGUACUGUGCUCGCGCGACUACUGUUUGAUAGUUCUGUCAAACAACUUCGCCGAGACGCCGAAGUCGUACGCCGGUCGAUCGGGAUCGCUCGGUCGCGUGGUAACACCGUCCCCGCGAGACACCGUACCUACGCGCUUUUCGUCUCUUUCGCUAAUCGCAUUAAUCACUUUGAUACCGAAUAUGCAGUAGCCGAACCCGAGUUCGAGGGGGAAAUCGCUGCUGAAGACGCUGAAGUUCCGUGGAGCUCGUAGUACAUCGUGAAUAAUUAGGAGAUUAACCUCCGACAUGUCGGCGUCCGAGACGGCGGUGAUUUUCGCAAAGCUGGAAGCUUUGAAAGACAUUAGGUCGAAAACCCUGCAAUUGGAGAAGCUGAAGCAGAGGAUACUGCAAGAAGUGGAGCAGACCGAGCAGGAGGAGAAAUGUUUGUUAGAAUACAAGCAAGAGAUGGACUUGCUGAUGCAGGAGAAAAUGGCCCACGUAGAGGAGCUGCGCCAGAUACACGCAGACAUCAAUGCGAUGGAGUCGGUGAUCAAGCAAGCGGAGGAGGCACGUAAUAGGGCGAGGGAAACGGCGAAGCUGAUUCAUAACAAUGAUUAUCAACCGCUGAAGCACGACAUUGACCGUAUGCGCAGGGAAUUUUUGGGUCUGGAGAGGCUGCCGGAGUUGUAUGAGACCGAGUCGGAUCUCAUCUCCCCUGAACGGUUUGUUCAUAGUUACUUUGAACGUCCGAUGCAAAAGGAAUGGAGAGUGGAGGUACGAGGUGACGAUCUGUUACCGCCGCUCGCGCUGCACCAUCCUGGGCAUCCGGGUGGUUCUACGCCCUUCCUAGCUCCGCAACCGCUUCAAGGGCCGAGCAAGCCAGAGCCCAGACCAUUACCGCCAGCCCCAGGGCCGCCCGCUCCAACAUUCAGGUACCACUGGCAACAACCGCCGCCCAUGAAAUCUUGCCUCUCGUGCCAUCAGCAAAUUCAUAGGAACGCACCAAUUUGUCCACUCUGCAAAGCAAAGUCGCGUUCGCGUAAUCCGAAGAAACCAAAGAAGAAAGAUUAAUUGCAAUUAAUUGUAAGAUUAUCUUUACGAAUAAUAUGCAUUUCUACAAUUCAUGUUAAGAGGAGAUAUGUAUUAAUCAUUUUUGUAAUCCAUAGUAACCAUGCACACUUAUCGUAUCAUUAGCAUUUAUAAGUGAUAGCACAGCAUUUAUGAGAAUCUAUGUGUUUAUAUAAUGUGUCGAUUUUUUUACGACAGCUUUUUUUAGAAUUAAAGGUUUUAUUGUAUUCAUGUUAUGAAUAUAAGAAUUAAGAAAUGUAAGAAAUGAUAGUCAAUUUCUACUAUACGAUAGAAAAAUAAAAUUAAAAAUUUAAUAUUUGA